AUGCAUGCAGAAGUGUACUUAUCUCUGGGAUCAACCAACAUCACCACUAACAACACUGAGAUCCCCAUCACUGAUAUUGGAGAGGAUGUUGGGAUUGGUCGUCCUUCUCUCAUCUGUCACACUGACCUAGUGGCAUGUUGUACACCCAGUGAGACAAUGGCAAGAGGAAUUGGAUUUUGGCACUAUCCAAACGGAGACCGUGUUCCUGGUGGAUCAGGAGCAUCUCGACCGUUUGUGUCAUUCAGAGAUGUUCAAUCCAUUAAACUGGCACGUAGAGAGAGUAUUAACCCCCCUCCCUUGAGUCCAACUGGUUCCUAUUGUUGUAUUAUACCAACUAAUGGAGGAGAAAUGACCUUCUGUGCCAGCCUGGUUGUAUGCUUGUCUCUCCCUGCCCUGAACAAUGGAAUAGUCUCAUACAAUGACUUAACACUGGGUCUGGACACUGUGGCCACCUACACCUGUGACACUGGAUACACUCUCAAUGGAGUCACUACCACCAGGACUUGUGGGAGUGAUGGAGUGUGGAGUGGGGCGGAUCCAAUAGCAGCCUGCUCUGACCUCACCCUCACCAAUGGAGACAUUAUCUACAGUGCUGGAUCUCCUAACAACAGACCUAUCUUCUCUGGAGCUACCUACAGCUGCAAUCCUGGCUACACUCUCACUGGAGGGAGCACCAUCAGGGUCUGUGUGAGUGGAGGGAGAUGGAGUGGGUCAGCUUCAACUUGUCAAGACACAAGAUCGACUGGUCCUCCACCCACUACCUGCUCUGACCUGACUAAUCCGACCAAUGGAAUAGUUGCCUACAAUAUGGGGACUGCUGGUCCAGACACUGUGGCCACCUACACCUGUACCACUGGCUACACUCUCAAUGGAGGUACCACCAGGACUUGUGGGAGUGAUGGAGUGUGGAGUGGAUCAGCUCCAGUGUGUCAGUCUAUUGAGUGUCCUCCUCUAGCGGGCAUUACCAAUGGAUUCAUCACCUACACUAUUGACAACACACCUAACUAUGAUCUGGGCACUGUGGCUACUUAUGUCUGUGACGCUGGGUUUGUUCUGGACCUCUCCCUAGGGAGAUCUGAGAUAAGAACUUGUAUUGAUGAUAAUGGACUUGAUACUAUUGGAGUGUUUGAUAGACAGGCUCCAAGAUGUGUCCGUAACAUUUGCCAACCUCUUUUCCCUUACCCCUACGGUACGAUAAUCUAUCAUCAUGAAAUUCCACCUUACUCAUACGGAACACGAGCACAGUAUGUCGUCUCAUGCCCUCCCAAAUUGGAAAGAAGAGGGGGAGAUGAUGUGAGAACUUGUACUGAUAAUGGAAACAGUGCUGUGGGGGUGUGGUCUGGAACUGCUCCCAUCUGUGCAGGUCAGUUCCACGGUAAAUGUUGCAUGUGUGUACAAAGUUGA